ACCGGGUCCGGCAGGACAAGUGGGGGAGAAAGGAGACUUUGGCGAUCCAGGAGAGCAUGGGCGUAAUGGUAGUCCUGGGGCUGCAGGACCCCGAGGGUUUAAGGGAGAGCAGGGAGCUCAGGGCCCCCCUGGUCCUCCAGGAACUGCGUCUACAAGUGAUGCUAAGAUAAGGGGCGAGAGAGGGGAAAAGGGGGAUGCGGGAGACCCCGGUGAGCACGGGGGCAAAGGUCAGAAAGGUGAAGCUGGUGGACAGGGACCUCCAGGAAAAGCGGGAGCUGAUGGACUAAGGGGACUUGCAGGACCCAGAGGUGAAACAGGCCUGAGGGGUAGUCCUGGAGAAAAGGGAGAGAGAGGAGCUGCUGGGCUGGAUGGUCGUAAUGGGCUGGAUGGGAAACCUGGAACACCUGGAGCAGUUGGACUACGAGGUGACCCAGGAAAGCAGGGCGACCCUGGCAGAGACGGUCUGCCAGGACUUAGGGGGCCGCAAGGACCAAUAGGACCAGCUGGGCCUGCUGGAAACGCAGGAGUAGCAGGAAAAGCUGGAGUAGACGGGAAGCCUGGAGAUCCUGGGAAGAUGGGAGAGGAUGGGACACCAGGAGAGGAUGGGAGAAAGGGUGAUAAAGGUGAAGUUGGAUCUGCAGGAAGAGACGGUCGUGACGGUCUGAAGGGCGACAGAGGAAUUACUGGUCCUGUCGGCCCAGCUGGCCCUCCAGGUACCCAAGGAGCUCCUGGUCCCAUCGGACCCCCUGGACAGGUGGUUUAUGUAAAAGGAGCAACACCAGUGUCCAUCCCCGGGCCGCAGGGACCUCCCGGAACCCCAGGGGUACCUGGGAUACCAGGAGCAGUCGGAGCAAGAGGAGAGAGAGGUGUAGCUGGCACCAAAGGAGAAACGGGGGACCCUGGAGAAGAUGGAGCUCCUGGCAAACCUGCAACAUUAGUGGAUGUCAGGAGGGCUUUUUCAGACAUGGGCAUUGAGGUGAAUGAGCUGAAAGUCAUGAUCAGUAAGAAGGACGUGAAGGCCGUUACUGAGAAAGGCCAGAGGGGAGAGAAGGGAGAGGCUGGGCAGAGGGGACCACCUGGACUCGAUGGGGCUCGAGGUCUCCCAGGGGACCGUGGUUCCAAAGGGGAGUCGGGAGAGCGGGGUUCCCCUGGCCUUCAGGGCCCUACCGGCCGUGCCAUCGGAGAACGCGGGCCAGAGGGACCACCAGGCCAGGCAGGGGAGCCCGGAAAACCAGGAAUACCAGGAGUUCCAGGACGCGCCGGAGAGCUGGGCGAAGCUGGAAAACCAGGAGACAAGGGGGAGAGAGGAGACAAAGGAGACAAAGGCGAGUCUGGGCGAGUUGGGUUGACAGGAGCAGUAGGACCCCCAGGACCAAAGGGCGAUAGCCUUGCUGCUGCGUCUGGAGUUCCUGGACCUCGGGGUCUUCCUGGAAUCCAGGGCAUCAGAGGGGAGGCCGGAUCUGCAGGGCUGCCUGGAGCUAAAGGAGACAGAGGUGUCGCUGGUUCUCGAGGAGACAAGGGAGACAGAGGCGAGCACGGAGAGAAGGGCCGUGAUGGCUUUGCCGGAUCUUCUGGAGAACCAGGGAAACCUGGAUUGGACGGAAAACCAGGUCAGAAGGGCCCCUCAGGGCUGCCAGGCCCCUCUGGUAAUCCUGGAGAACCAGGCAUUAGGGGACCAACAGGUCCAAUGGGUGGCAACGGCCCUCCUGGCCCACCUGGAGUGAAAGGAAACCAGGGACCACCAGGUGUCGGCACUCAAGGACCUCCUGGAGCCCAGGGUAGUAUGGGAUUGCCCGGCCCUGCUGGAACACCGGGCGCUGUGGGACCUCAAGGGCCACCAGGUCUGCCCGGGCAAGUGGGUGAGAGUGGCAAACCAGGUGUACCAGGAAGAGAUGGCAUACCAGGAAAAGAGGGAACACCAGGAUUACCUGGGAAACAGGGUAUCUCUGGACCACCGGGUCCCUCAGGGUUGAAGGGAGAGCAGGGGGACAGUGGACCCCCAGGCAAGAGUGUAGCAGGUCCUCCAGGCCCGAAGGGGGAGAGAGGGCUUCCAGGUCAAACGCUACCUGGCACUGCAGGUGAGGCUGGAGUGUCUGGACAGAAGGGUGAGAGGGGAGACAAAGGACCUGCUGGAAUCAAAGGAGAUAAAGGUGUGCCUGGAGAUGAUGGAACACCAGGUGAAGAUGGCUUCCCAGGACCACCGGGCCCUAAAGGAGACAAAGGGGAAAGAGGAGUGGGACUCGCAGGCGCUCCAGGACGACUAGGACCAGCAGGGCUGAAGGGAGACACUGGCCUCCCCGGGUCGCCUGGCCCUCCCGGGCCGCAGGGUGCAGGAGGAACGUCGGGGCAGCCCGGCAUAAGAGGGGAGGUUGGGCCUCCUGGGCCCGCUGGACCAACAGGAGAGAGGGGUCUACAGGGCUUCGUUGGGAGAAUUGGCAGCCAAGGAGCACCAGGACCUGGUGGACCUCCUGGCCCUGCUGGGGCUCCUGGCACAAACGGCCUCAAAGGGGACAAGGGAGAAUCCGGAGUGGGAGCUCCAGGGGUUAGAGGGGAGAGAGGAGAUCCCGGGCCCCGGGGAGAGGAAGGGCGUGCUGGAGUGGAUGGAGCCCGAGGCCCUGUGGGGACUGCUGGUAGCAGAGGGGACAGAGGAGAAAAGGGGGACGCUGGUGCUCCAGGAGACAAGGGAGAAAAGGGUGAAACCCUGCUUGUGGGAGGAGACCAAGGAGAGAAAGGAAUCAAAGGGGAAAGGGGUGACCGAGGCCCCAAAGGGGUUCAGGGUGAAAAGGGUAUAAAAGGAGAAGAGGGACCUCCAGGACUACAGGGUAUACAGGGAGAGUCCGGGAGCAGAGGAUCCAAUGGAUUCCCUGGAGCACGAGGACCCGGCGGACAGAAGGGUGAAGCUGGUAUGCCAGGACUGCCAGGCGAAUCGGGCUCUCCAGGGAAAGAUGGCCUAACUGGACUUAGAGGCGAAAAGGGAGAGUUUGGCAUGACGGGACCACGGGGGAGCAAGGGGGACCGGGGUUCUAAGGGAGCCUGCGGAACGGCCGGACCCAAAGGAGAGAGGGGGGAUUCUGGGCUUCAUGGGCGCGCUGGCAUGCCAGGGAGGAAAGGAGAGCAGGGAGAAGCAGGAGCUCAAGGCAUCACUGGGGCUCAAGGCAAAGAGGGUCUAAUUGGCCCAAAGGGUGACCGAGGAUUCGAUGGCAUCACUGGAUCCAAAGGGGGGCAAGGAGAGAAGGGGGAGCGGGGGCCUCCUGGCAUCCCGGGGCCCCCAGGACCGAGAGGGGUGGACGGGGCCGCAGGCCUCACUGGCCCCCAAGGGCCCGCCGGAACCAGAGGGUCUGAAGGACUACAAGGACAGAAGGGGGAGCGUGGCCCUCCUGGUCCUGCCAUGGUGGGAGCCCGGGGUAUCCCCGGUAUUCCUGGAGAGAGAGGAGAGCAGGGGGAAAUGGGAUUGUCUGGAACCAAAGGAGACAGAGGGGAUCCAGGCUUAACGGAGGAUGAAAUACGCACAUAUGUUCGCACUGAGAUGAAUCAGCACUGUGGUGAGUAA